CGUAGCUAACAGGUUACAUGACCAAGACAGUUCGACUGAAUUAUUUGUGUCGAGGAUUUUGUGGAGUGGAAAAGGUGUUUCCAGCGACAUGUCAUUUAUAUUUGACUGGAUCUACAAGGGAUUUAGCGGUGUACUCCAGUUUUUAGGCUUAUAUAAGAAGUCUGGGAAGCUGGUGUUCUUGGGCUUGGACAACGCUGGGAAGACGACAUUGUUGCACAUGCUUAAGGAUGACCGGCUUGGACAGCAUGUGCCAACAUUACAUCCAACUUCAGAAGAGUUGACAAUUGCAGGAAUGACAUUCACCACAUUUGAUCUCGGUGGUCAUGUGCAAGCAAGAAGAGUGUGGAAAAACUAUCUUCCUGCUGUUAAUGGAGUGGUCUUUCUUGUGGACUGUGCGGACCAUGAACGCUUGGCUGAGUCUAAAGUUGAACUUGACGCUCUGCUGACGGACGAGACCAUCUCGAACGUGCCCAUCCUGAUUCUGGGAAACAAGAUUGACCGCCCUGAAGCCGUCAGUGAAGCUGGCCUCAGAGGGGCCUUCGCUCUCGAUGGCCAAACCACGGGAAAGGGAACGGUCUCUCUGAAAGAGCUGAAUGUGCGCCCCCUGGAGGUCUUUAUGUGCAGUGUGUUGAAGAAACAGGGCUACGGCGAGGGCUUUCGGUGGCUCUCCCAAUACAUUGACUGAGGGCUGGAUAAACGCCACCUGAUUUCCCCUUCUGUACGUUUUUUUUUUCCCUGUGCACUCUUUUCACAGAGGGGAAAUAGGUAAGGAGGAUGACACCAAAAUGGCGUCCCCUAUCCUAUUUGUUUUGAUGGUGACCAAGAAACGAUAGUGGUUUGUGCCCCAGUCUUAACCUGCUCUGGCUCACAACAGUUGCCUACCAUAGCAGUUCUCCUCUUUCAUGUUCUAGUUGUAAUUCCUGACAAAGUUUUUUUUGUAUUUUGUUUUUGACCAACCAAAAGUGUUAACGUGACUGGUUCCCCAACACCGUUUACAAGUUUUAUGGCCUAAAGAAAUGGCAAGCAGUAAAUCGAAAAGUAUUUUAAUCUACCUAAAGGUGGAGUGUGUCUAACUUGAUUUAAAUAUUACUAAAGGUGAAUGUAUGAGGACCUGUGCAGUAUUUUUCAGAUGGUAAAUAUGGCGGACCAAGUAGACCUCGGUCCAGUUCAUUAUAAAAGUGAUUGAUGUGGUUGGGAUUGUAAAAGCUGAAGUGUUAAUGGCUGUGAAUGGACACUACACAGUGGUUAUUGUGGUACCGCGACCAUAGGUGGCGCUGUAGUUACAAAAGAAGCACUUUAAGAAAGUUGUUUUAAACUCUGCCCAAGGCCAGUCCAGGUGAUAUUUACAGAAACCCUUUUUUGAAGUCACGAUUUGUUGUCGAAAAUGUUUUAAUGUCUAGACUAGAGUCAGACGUCACGAUGCCUGCUAGUGCUGAUAAUUCCGUCGUUCUUUGGGUCAGUUGAAAGCCAGGGCACCAUUCCUAUUCUGUGGACCAGAUGAGAAUUGACCGUUCUCCGGAGUGGAUUGAAAUUAUUUGGCUCAUGGAUGAAGCUAACAUUUCGUUAUAGGCCUUAGGCAGAUGAUUCAGUCUUUGACAGGAUGACCUUGGAAGAUGGCCACUUUUACUUUUCCGUACUAGGUACCGUUCAGUGUAGUCGGUAGCGUUGCCAGUACACAGUCCAGUCAGGUGAGGAUGUAACAUCUGCACCAUAACAAUAACUUAGAAUUCUUACGUCCAACAUCUUCCUAUGUGGCUUCAAUGAUGAUAUGCUUGUGACCAGAGUUCUGAAACAUGUUGAUAGCUUUUCCACUUAACUGCAUAUGUCCAACAGCAAGCUUGAAGCCAUGGAGUCUCUGCUGGUAAGAGACUGACCUGUACUUCAAAGUGAUGUGCUUCCUGUUGCAUCAUCAUUCAAAUGCUCAAAACAUUUUGUUUGAACUUUUGACCUGAAAACGUUACCUGGAUAAUGUCAAAAUGCUCCCAAACUCCCAAUUGAUUUUUGCCUUUUCAAGACGUCAAACUGGCAGUGAAAUUGCAGUGCUGCGUCUGCACUACACAUUUAGAAUAUUCCAGCCCGGGCGAAGAUUAUUUUCUUGUGACAUUUGGUUUUCAGAGACACUUGAAGACAAGUUAUUUACUCAAAAAAGUCAACUUAACACUCCAGGGCUCUGGUCAAAGCACCCUCACAUUUACGCUAACAGUGAUUUGUCUUUCAGAAGUCAUCGCCGUUCUGCACUGCUGUACGGUCAGCUGUUUUGAGUGUUCUUUUUUUGGUUGUUGUCGUCUGUAUGUAUGUAUGAAAUCUAUUUAGGAGUGAAGGUUGGUUUUGAAAUGUGAGGGGGGAAAAAAGGUUUACCUAGUGUAUAUGUCUUGUAGAUAUUGUUCAUAUUGUCUGAUAUAUGAAUUCCGUAUAUAUAGUUAAGGGUUAAGCUUGAAGUGCUGCAGGAACUUUUUGAUUAUCUGCUGUUAUUGAUGGAGAUUGUUUGUGCCGCAGAUUUGAGGGUUUGCCUGCAGUGCGGAGUAACUUUGGCGGUUUGUUCGUCAGUGGUCCUUCAGUUAUUUAUUGACACCAUUGUAAAUAUUGUAUUAUGGGAUAUGAGUUUGUUUUUGAAUUUGUUUGCUUUUUUGUUUUGUUUUGUUUUAUUUAUUUAUUUAUUUAUUUAUUUAUGAUAUUUUACGGUUCAUGUCAUUGAACUGGUAGCAGAUAUCCAUUAAAGCAGAUUGUGAUAAAUAUCAUAAAACUAUUUUAAAC